CGCCCCAGAGGCUCUCGGCGGCCAGGCUCGGCCUCGCAACGAGCGGAGCGUGCGGAGAGCCAAUCGGCGGGCGGCCUGGUUGAAAAGCAGCCAAUCAGCGGGCGCGAGAGGCGGUGGUUUAAAGGAUAUUUAAGGGAGGGCGGUUUGAAUUCAAACAGUCGUGGCGGCCGGAGGUAGUGGAGCCUGUGGGUGAGCGGCCACCGGGGUUCCGCGCUGCGUGGUGGAGGUGGUUGAGGACCCGGCCCGCUAGGCCGUGGACACCGUGGGUGCUGGACGGGGCAGACCCGGCCGGCUAAGCUCUGUCUAGUUGCUGUUCACGGGCGCUAUGGACCAGAAUACAAAAGAGAACCACUCUGGGUACCCCAGCCGCACUACAAAGAUUGCUAAUUCCUUUGGGGAUGGCCCGAAGCGUGUCCCUAUGUCUCAGCAUUCUGCCCAGAGUCAGUUACUGAAAAGUAGCGUUCAAGCACAACGUAUUCCUUGCUCUUCAAACUUUGCCCAGCGAGUUCCAGUACAACCACGAAAGCCUAUACUGUCAAACCAAAAACUGUCUAACCACCGGAUAACGCAGCAGCCCAGACCAAAAUUACCAGUCCAAGCGACUGCUAGGCCUCAAGUUCCAAGCAAGAACAAUGAAAAACCUCACCAGGCUCCAGUACCUGGUAAUUCUGAAGCAAAAAGUUCUGAAGCAGAAAGCACCUCUAAAGAGAAAAAACAAGAGACUGCUAAGAAGGAAAAUGAAGAGACUAAAAAAAGGCAAUGGUGUCUUGAUGAUUUUGAAAUUGGUCGUCCUCUGGGGAAAGGAAAAUUUGGAAAUGUGUACCUGGCACGUGAGAAGCAGAGUAAAUUUAUUCUGGCACUGAAAGUGCUCUUUAAAACACAACUUGAGGAGGCUGGUGUAGAACAUCAACUACGAAGAGAAGUUGAAAUACAGUCUCAUCUUAGGCACCCCAAUAUUCUCAGAUUAUAUGGCUACUUCCAUGAUGUUACAAGGGUCUACCUUAUCCUAGAGUAUGCACCGCGUGGAGAAGUCUACAAAGAACUUCAGAAGCUUACCAAGUUUGAUGAGCAAAGAACUGCUACUUACAUCACAGAACUAGCAGAUGCUCUAUCAUACUGUCAUUCAAAGAAUGUGAUUCAUCGAGACAUCAAGCCAGAAAACUUGCUGCUUGGUUCAAAUGGAGAAUUAAAAAUUGCUGACUUUGGAUGGUCUGUGCAUGCUCCAUCUUCUAGGAGAACAACUCUCUGUGGGACACUUGACUACCUACCUCCUGAAAUGAUUGAGGGAAGAACACAUGAUGAAAAGGUGGAUAUUUGGAGCCUGGGAGUUCUGUGCUAUGAAUUCCUUGUAGGGAAACCACCUUUUGAAUCAGAAACAUACCAGGAAACCUACAGAGCUAUCUCCAGGGUGGAAUUCAAGUUUCCUCCAUUUGUAACAGAAGGUGCAAGGGAUUUAAUUUCAAAGCUUCUGAAGCAUAGCCCGUUCUAUCGACUGCCCCUGAAGGAUGUACUACUUCAUCCCUGGAUUACAGCAAACUCUACAAAGGUGCCCAGUAGCAGAAAAAGUGAUGCUGCUGCCUCAUCUAGAACACAGUCUUAGCAGGGGUAACCUCAUGGCAUCAAUGAGUCUUGUACUGUAACUACUGUAAUGCCUACAAUACAAAAAGCAGAUCUUGGAAUCUAAUGGCAAUUGGAAUGCAAGUCUUUGGGUUGGCUGUCUUAGUAAACUCUAAUCGCAGUGUAAAGUUAUUUGACUUCUAGCUGGAGGUUGUGGAAUACUUAAUGGUAUACUUGAAAUCUUGUCAUGUUUGGGCCAGGUUUGUUGAUGUAAGAAUUAAGCUGUUCAAGGCUCUUAGGAUGUGGUCUGUCCUCGUAAAGGUCCAUUAGUCCAACAACAAGAGGAAGUUGUUUUAGGUUAUUGAACAGUGCAAUAUCCUACAGAUACCUGCCUCUGAAUUUACUGGGCUGCUAAGGGUAUCAUAACUGUGGUGUAAUCUGAAACUGAGCGAGGUGAAUGCAUUUCUCUAAAUGUCCUAAAAAUGAUGUGUGUGUUAUUUUUAUCUCUACUUUUUAUCUUAAAUGUGAGCACUCAACUUUUAAAUAAAGACUUGUAUACUGCUACCAGCA